CUUCGUGUCGGUGCUGGACUACUGUAAAAUAGGAUCAGGCCUGCAUUCAGGCUCUAUGGAAUUACACCACUCGACAUCUCUCUCCAUCGCCGCACGUAAGUUUUUCUAAUAUCUCUCUAUCCCUCAAGCAUGACUACCCUCACGCCCGAAGCCACAGUUGACUCGGUCUUCCAGCUCCUGGAGGCUGGCAGCAAGCAAGGAUAUAUCGGCGAAAACAUCUCGCAGCUCGAGCAUGCCCUGCAAGCCGCUCUUCUUGCAGCAACUGCUCGCGCAGACGAAGAAACAAUCUUAGCCGCUCUCCUCCACGACAUCGGCCAGUUCUGCUCCGCCAAGGAACUUCAGCGCAUGCUAGUCGAGGACCUUGGGCAGGAUGAAAUCGAUCUGCAAGGCCUCAAGCGGUCCAAAGACGGGUCGACUAAUGUUGGCGUCAUGGGGCACGAGAAGCUUGGCGCCGAGUACUUGCGCAAGCUUGGGUUCUCUGAGAAAGUGUGCGAGCUUGUUGAAUCCCACGUCGUCGGGAAGCGCUAUCUCACGGCUGUUGACGAAAAGUACUAUGAGGCAUUGAGUUCUGCGAGCAAACUGUCACUAAAGUUCCAGGGCGGGCCGUUCUCGAAAGAGGAGGCGCAGAGGUUUGAAACCGAUCCACUUUUUGCCCAGAAGGUGCAGCUGCGCAAGUGGGACGAUGCAGCCGAAGCUCGUUGAUUACAAGAC